CGUGGACGUGAAGGGGAAAGUGGUGGGCUCCGUGGCUACCUACUCCUGCAAAGAGGGUUACCAUCUCAUUGGGCAAGUCACUCGACACUGCCAAGCCAACGGGAUCUGGACUUCCGCUCCUCCUGAGUGUAGAGAGAACUUGUACUGCACAGAUCCACCCAUCAUCCCCAAUGGCGCGCCACAACGGCAAGGAGGGCCAGACUCGCUUCGAGGUGAACCAGAAGCUGCAGUUCUCAUGCUACGAAGGCUACACCACCAGGGGGUUCUUCGAGGCCAAGUGUCUCCUGUAUAACAACACCAUGCAGUGGUUUGGUCCAGAGAUUGAGUGGCGAACCUCUCUCUCUCUCUCUCUCUCUCUCUCUCUCUCUCUCUCUCUCUCAGCCAAGACGUGUGGUGACCCUGGCGAGAUCCUGAACGGUUUUAAGGAAGGUAACUGCUUCACCUUCUCCUGCCGCGUCACCUACAACUGCCGCCCGGGAUUCGAACUGGUGGGGCCCAAGAACUACUACUGCCAGCACGACGGUACCUGGAGGCCGAGGGAACUGCCAGUGUGCUCCCCCGUGCAAUGUGAGAUCCCAGAGAACCCAGAGAACGGCAAGGCAAUCUUCAUCGCGGUUUCCUACAACGCCGUGGUAUCCUACGAGUGCGAGUACGGCUUCAUGAUCGUGGGCUCGCCAACUCGCCGCUGCGGGCCGGACAAGAAGUGGAGUGGCAUCGAACCCAAGUGCAAACGUAUCGACUGUGGGCACCCGGGUCACCUGUCGAACGGGUGGCUGGAAAACAUCGACCAGGGCACGGCUCUCGGCUCCUCCAUCAUCUUUCGCUGUUUCGCCAACAUGAGCAUUGUGGGCGACCAGUCCACCGUGUGCCAGGCCGAUGGCUCCUGGAGCAAGCCGCUGCCCAUGUGUCUGGCGCCGUGCAUCGUGCCCACCAUCGAGUACGGCAGACUGCGCAACGAGACCCGCUCCGGCAUGCAAGUGACGCACGGCCAGACGAUUGACGUGCAGUGUAAUGAGAACUUCGAGUUAGCGUACAGCCAGGCACCCUCCCUCUGCUACAAUGGCACCUGGACUAACUUCCCGCGCUGCCAGCCAGCCCGGUGCAAGAGGCUGCCGGAGAGGCCUCGCCACGGCAUGGUCAUUGCGCCCAAGACGGACCACGGCAGGCUGGCUCGGUUCCGCUGCAAGGACGGCUACGUGUUGGAGGGGAACUAUACCACCACCAGAUGUCAUUACGGGAACUGGACCAACCCGACCCCUAAGUGUCGAGAAGUGUACUGUCCCUUCCCCGGAGAGCUGGAGAACGGGCGGGUGCUGCUCGUGGGUAACAUGGGCAUGUAUGACUACAGAUCCUACGUGAAGAAGGUGAGAAACAACCGCCAGCUGAGGUUCUCGUGUAAUCGCGGUUUCUUCCUGGUGGAGGGGCCGCCGGGAGCCACCUGUGUGCACGGCAGCUGGAGCCCCAAGGAGAUGCCGAGGUGUGACCCCGACCUGCACCCGAGGCUGCGCUGGGUCAAGAGAUCCCUGAACGAGGAGCAGCUGGCGUCCACCACUGAGCUGCCCGUCCUCGAGGGUCCCUUCCUGGAGGACGAGACCAGCGAGGAGGACGAGGACGACGAGGACGAGACUGAAGAGGAAGAGGAAGAGGAAAAGGAGGAGAAGGAAAUGGAAGAGAACGAGGAGAAUAUGAUAAGCGGUAAUAAUGAACUGGAGGGGGGAAGUGACAGUGGAAGAUCGAAACUCAUCAACGACGAGGUGAAGACGACGAUGGCGACGACGGGCGGCGCCAGGUGGAGGAAAAGACUGCUGACGGAAACCAGCACCAGCACCUCCACUGCCACCCCCCGCCCUCUCCCGACUGACAACCCCAGCCGCCCCCUCUACCCCUCCACCCUCCUCCUCGGCGUGCUUAAUUCUGGAGCCCCCGAGGACGGCCGCGUGAAGGCCUCCCUCGGCAGGACGCUACGUGGUCCCUUAGCGGACUAUUUCAAAGUUAUGACGGACAAGACGGACCCCACAACGCCCUCCCCGUCAGCCCCUGUCAAACGAGUCCCCAGGAAUGCGGUAGACAAGAAGAGGAAGAGGAGGAACAAAUGGAAGAAGAAGGGCAAGCGAGACUCCCCAACUCCCGUGCCUCACUGCGACCCGAUAGCCAGCCAGCCGUACCUUCGCGUGGAGGUGGCACGGCGCGGCAGGGACAGCAACUACACGUACUCGGCGGGGAGCGCGAUUAAGGUGACGUGCCUGCAUGGGUACGGCCUCAACAUCGGCAACAGGACGGCCAAGUGUGCACGGCGUGGGAAGUGGAAGCCGAAGAAGCCUGAGUGUGUGACGUUGCCGUGCUCCGUGCCCAAGACGCCCCACGGCCAGUUUGAGUUCAACGGCAUGACGCUGCAGCCCCGGGAGAUCAUCAACCACAGUGAGGUAGUGAAAUUCUCUUGCCAGAGUGGUUACACCGUGGUGGGAUCAGAUACCAUGCGCUGCUGGUACGGUGCCUGGGCGGUGACGGGCAAGACGCCGGAGUGUGUGGCCAACAACUGUGAACUGCCUGAGCUGAGUCACGGAAAGUACAACAGCGGCUACAAGAAGGGCCUCACGAUCAUCCACGGCGCCUCCAUUCCCUAUACCUGUGACGAGGGUUUCCUCAUGAGCGCCCAAGACGUCUCCUGUUACCUGGGAAUGCUCAAAGCCCGCGCCCCCAGCUUGCAUCCGCCCCGUGCGAACCCCGACGAAGCCCAAGAUGGUGGAGAAGGUUCUGCCCCACCCACUGCCACCACCUGGCCCGGUUAUAAAUCCUCGCCGCGUUGGAACAUUUCAUCUCCUAACGACGUGUUCUUCCCAACAGAGGUGUUCAGGGGCAUCGCCGAGAACAGUAUCAGCAACAGGCAGACGUGCGGCGCGCCUGUGGUGGUGCCUGACUCGCAGGGAUUCCUGAAGGGACCAGCCGAUCACCCCACUUCAUCCCCACCACAACCAUACCACCCUAAAUCUCACAUAAAACCAUCCACUCACACAACACCCCAUGACACCUCCUCCGUCUACUACCCCCAGGGACGUGGCCUUGGGGGUCGAUCACUUACCACCUGUGGGGCUGACGGGGCUGACAGCACUGCCGCCACGCAUAGGCCGCCCGAGGAGGAGGAGAUCGUGGACUGGGGAACGAGACCUUGCAAGUGGGAGAAGUCAGAGCCCAAAGUGGUGACCUUCUUUGAUGACGAGGAAAUAACCGAGGAGACGAUUUUUCAGCCGGGGGAAGAAUUGGUGUCUCGCUGUGUCGAUAUUGGGAAGUACUCGCUCACGGGAUCGUCCAGAAGGAGGUGCAAGGACGGGACGUGGACUGGGGACAAGCCAAUCUGUGAGGGGCUGAGUCAGGAGAACGAUUACUCCUUGGACAAGCCCCCGACAAUUCUGUUCCGCCACGAGCAAGGCCCCAUCGCCCAGAGCAACGACGGUAAGCUGGUGGUGUUCCCCGGCACGGUGCUCCACCUCGAGUGUCUCUUCAGGAGGAGGCACGGAACACCCAAAUGGAACGUCUCCCUCUCCAGCACUCUCCUCCGCGGCAAGAAGAGGAGGAGGAAGGGCAGCAAGAAGGGCAUGAAGGGAGGAGGAAAACCGAGAGCUGGAGGCACAUUAGUGCCUUACCCGAACGGCUGGGCUAACGCACCUGGGAGGAAUAUGCAGCUUGAGUACAGACUGACCAUCUCCAAGGCCCAACCCAAGGACAGCGGGUCUUAUGCCUGCACGACCCCGCUGGGAUUCAAACACGUGGUGACGGUGGAUAUAAGAGCCGUCUACUGCCCGGACAUGGAAAACUACAAUUUCACUGAGACCAACCCGUUACUCGUGUAUGAACCGGAAGACGAACACAAACUGUCCACCAUUAUCAGCUUCUCCUGCGUCCCUGGUUACUCUUUAGUGGGUGCCUCCAAGAUCAAAUGCUUACCCUCAGGAAACUGGUCGGCGCCCAUACCUGACUGUGAAAGUGAGCGUUCUCCUCCUCCUUCUCCGUUGGACAAAUGCACGCCGCCGAAGCCUCCCGAAAACGGCAUUCUGAUGGGGAAGAGCACGCCGCCCUACCACGCCGGGGAUAUGGUGGACGUAAAGUGCAACGCGAGCUACAUGAUGGAGGGCAAGCAGAGACUCGUGUGUCAGGAGGACGGGCAGUGGUCAGCCGAGGUGCCCAAGUGUAUGCUCGCCUGCACCUACCCCGGCACCAUCAUCUCGGGCACCAUGAGCUCCAUCAAGUUCUACUAUCCGAUCAACGACAAUAUCACCUACACGUGCAGUGAGGGCUUCAGGCUGGACGGGGCGCGCUCCAUCGUGUGUCUGGAGGGCGGCAGAUGGUCGGCGCAGGUCCCCACGUGCCUGCCGGUCGAAUGAGGAACGCAACUUCGAAGAGUAUGCAGGAGGACGCGACCUCCAUCUCAUCGAAUUCGUCUUUUUUCUUCGCGCAUCACAGAAAAUGAAGUCAUGGAGAGGGAGACUAAAGUGAUGACUCUUGAUCACUUGAUGAAGCUCCGAGUUGACAUGUAAGAUCAACACGUCUCUUUUUUUUUUUUUUUUAUUUCUUUAUACUGAACGUGAAGUCUUCUUCGUCACACAACACAGAAAAUGAGGUCAUCAAAAGGGGAACGAAAGUUAUGUUUCUUAAUCAAUUUAUGAAGUUCCCAGUCGACAUACACAAAUAAGAUCAAUUUGUCUCUUUUCUUUUAACGCGAACUCGUCAUUUCCUACACGCAUCACAGAAAAUGAAGUCAUAAAUAGAAAGAUUAAACAAAAAUGUCUUGACCAACUUACAAAACUCCAAGUUGACAUAUCAAACUAACAUCUCUCUUCCCGAGCAUCGAACGGGCCUUUCUCUUCGGGCAUCGCAAAAAAAAAAAUAAAUAAAUAAAUAAAUAAAUAAAUAAAAUAAAAUAAAUAAAUGAAUAAAUAAAAAUAAAUAAAUAAACAAAUACAUGAAAUGAAAAAAAAAAUUAAUUAAUUAAUAAAAAAAAAUAGUCAUGGGAAGGGGGACUAAAAAUAACUCUCUCGAUUGACACGUAAGACCAUUAUCUCUCUUCCUUUCCCUUGAACGUGAUCGUCAUAUAAAAUCGAACGUGUUUAUUUUCUCCGCACAUCACAGAAAACGAAGUCACUACAGGGGACACUCUACUAAUGUCUCUUCGCCAAGCUGAAAGACGCUUCUAGUUGACUAAAAUUAACAAUAUGUUCUCUUUCCAUUCUUUGAGCGAGAAUCUAAGCACUCAGCUACAAUAACGCACCAAGUUCCUCAACCCGCGGAAACAAUGAAUCAAAUACUGUAAAGACAAAAUUUCCAGCUGCCAUCGAUCUCCGCAUUUAUGUCGAGGAGCUGAAAGAGGGUUUAAUGUUUAAUACUAUUGCCAAGGAAGACGAAGAUUUGGGACUUAAAGAAACUGACGAUGCCGAGAGAGAGAGAGAGAGAGAGAGAGAGAGAGAGAGAGAGAGAGAGAGAGAGAGAGAGAGAGAGAGAGAGAGAGAGAGAGAGAGAGAGAGAGAGAGUUAUCGGGUGUGUGUGUGUGUGUGUGUGUGUGUGUGUGUGUGUGUGUGUGUGUGUGUGUGUGUGUGUGUGUGUGUGUGUGUGUGUGUGUGUGUGUGUGUGUGUGUGUUUUAUCACGUAAUCACUCACCGUACUGCAACAUAUCACAAUACAAUAUCACUAAGUAAUGCCCACACACCAAGACUGCAAUAAGGAGGCGCUCCCCUCACCCCGCUGCUCCCUCGCCUGUCCCCUCGCUCUUGUGAAUGGAGUGGACGGGGCUCUGAUACCCUUUCCGCGAGGAGUGAGAGAGAGAGAGAGAGAGAGAGAGAGAGAGAGAGAGAGAGAGAGAGAGAGAGAGAGAGAGAGAGAGAGAGAGAGAGAGUGGGGUGCUAGGAGGACGCUUAUCAAUAUACAGGCGCGGGUCAAGGUCUGCAAGAAUAAUCUCCGUGUAUUGGACAGGCCGGCGCCUCACCCUCGACAUAUCACGACGUUCUCAAGCUACGUACAUUGUACCAUGUAAAGUGACGCACGUUUCGUACCGCCAUGCAAAUAUUACAGAUACCUACCGCCUUUAGUAGACACACGGCAAGUUAAGGUUGUAUCGAUGGACACACGCAUGCACCUUAGAAAAUGGAAAACUAUUAUUAAGAGGUAGGGACUGUAUAUGAGGAGAGGGAAAAGUGGUCUGUUGUUAUACGCUGUGCUACACAUACUACCCACGUGCCGAAAAUGAUUAUGCACAAGUCUCUGAUGUGAUCUGAAGGCUGGGCUCAACUUGGAACCUCCUCCUCGUGUUGCCUCACUCCCCCCUGUCACAUCCCCCCAGGGAACACUGGCGAGGGGGCGCUGAGGAGGCAAGCAAGAUUCAUUGUGAUAACACUGAAGACUGACUGAGACCACAGCUUCCACUCAACCACCGUCACUUCACCCACUCCCUCGAGCCUGAAGGAGAAGGAGCAGGAGAAGCAGGAGUAAAAGAAGAGGAGGAGCUUUAAGAGUGUCCCUCAUUGCGUCUCCAGCACCUCCUUCAGGCCAUAUGCAUCUUAUAGCCUUUAGAACGAUGUUAUCACUAUUGUCAUCUCACACUUUCCGUUUUUCUUUCUCGUCUCGAAUCGAAGUGAAGAGUUUUAUCCUAUGAUUACUACUAGCUUUACUCAAUCGACUGUUGAUGUAUUACGACUUUCUGGAGUCUAUUAAUUAACGUCUACGAGUAUCUAUGAACAAAAAAAAAAUAUGAUGAUGUACUUUUAGCAUUGCUCACAACUGUACUUUCUACUCCUAGCACUUCUAACACCUCUAUGUCUCUCCUGUGCUGUCUGUGGACGUGUCUUAAGUCUGCUGCUGUUUUCUCUUCGCUCCUCAGACCCGUGCAUCGCUCAUUAUGAUCAGGAAGAAGGAGAGGAAUGAGCAGAGAGAGGAUAUGGAUAUGACGAGAGUGUGAAGGACGAAAAAAAGAAAAGGAGAAAAGGAAAAUUGACCUAAUUCAGUUUUAUCACCGCUCAAAUUCACUGAUGAAGAAAAAGAAGGAGAAAUAGGAAAUUGAUCUAAUCCUAUCUAAAGAUGACUAAGGAUGACAUAACUUUCAUCCUCACCCUUCCAUUCUCUUGAAAACUUCCCUUGUGCUGGGGUUGAACUCCUCUCAGCUUCACGUGAGAGGCUUCAAACACUUCCCUAAAGACUGAUAAAAGAAGUAUUUGAUAUAUGCAAAUUAAGCUUAUCUGUACUACAAGGAGAGAAUACUUCAAUAACAUAUAAUUUCCUCUCCUUCUCCUCCUGGUUUUUUCUCUUCCUCCUCCUUCUAAGUCCUUUUUAAUGUCGAUAGCGGGAUCUUUUCUUCGUCCUGUCCUUUCUUCUAGCUGUCGUGUGUCGUCAUUCAGUGUCUGUUCUCUACUAUAUCCUCGUUGAAUCAUUAGCAUUAAGGAGGCAAUGGGGUCCUGGCUGGCGACAAAACUCCCCUAAAGUUGAACGAAAAUGAGAGAGAGAAAAAUAUAUAUAUAUAUAAUGCCACAUUUUACCUUGGUGUCCCGUACUGUGCGCCUUUCCCUCUACUCACCACCACGGCUUUCUCCUCCUCCUCCUCCUUCUCUUCCUUCUUUUUUCUCCAAUGAAGGAAAGCUACAGUCUGUUAUACUCCUUAUUUUAUCCUUCUCUGGCUUUUUAUCUCUUAACUUCUCUUUCUUUCCCCCCUCUCUUCAUUGAUCACUUCACCAUUUUAUCACCUUAUUUUCUAAUUUGAUAACUAUGAAGAUUAUACUUUCAUGCCUCAGCACCUUCAGUCGUAUCUGCACACACACACACACACACACACACACACACACACACCAGGCUUGGAGUAUUCGUGUCCGGUGUUCGCAUACAGUAUUAAUCACAUUCAGCCAUUGUAAAUCAGAGUGUUCUCCUUUGUAUUGGAAUGCUUAGGAAGGUAUUCGUAUUCUCCGUAUAAGCUGACAGAUAAUCUUAAAUCUAUAAACAGAAAUAACAGAGGCCUUGCUCCUUACAAUUCUAGUUUCCUGGGUAGACGUGGAUAGUACAGGUGAAGCAAUCUGUAAGCCUGCAUUCUGGAGCCUGACUUAGCUGUCUUGUGCCUGGAAUGUGUAAAGUCGUGGCCAGAAGUCUUGUAACACUUCCAUUGUGUUUAGCGUGUUCCAGCAGUCUUACGUCCUCUGAUCUCCUUGGGACCUUUCACUUCUCAGGUUCUGUAAGGUGACAGGGUAGCACAUCGGAGGACUUACGGUUGAGACGAAACGGUUAAAUUAUUGGAAAAAAAAUACGGCACGUGAAUAAACUUUUAACCGUGACUGUACUUGACGCCACCGUUAAAUGUGAAAGUUUAGAAUUCUGCAAUUUUAGGGGAUGUGAAAUGCGUUUGUAUCACUAAUAACGAAGGAAGUAUAGUAGUUAAAAUUGAUUAUUGUCAGAAUUGUCCGUAAUGAUAACAGUUUAUACGAGUUUAUGAAACCGUAAAGAGCAAGAUUCGGAGCGCGAAUUUGUAAUCUCGGCUUUAAGGCAGCGCUGUAAAUUAUGUCCUAUACUGCGUCGCCUGAUCAACUUUGCCUGUAUUACUGACUACGUAAUUGCGCCAUUAAGAAGGCGGUCGAAAUGAUAACUGUGCAGAGAAGCGACUGUGCCUGACCUGUGCAUGGACAGUUAAUGUGUAAUAUUUCUUCGAGUUUUAUAGUUUUAUGUUUUUAUCUCUUAAAUGGCAUCAUCUAAAUUAAUUAUGGCAUCUAAAUUGAUAGUUUGCAAGUAUUUCACAAUUCCAAAUGAGAAAAGCGGGUCUUUCAAGGCAGCUUGUAAAUAUUGCGGAAAAAAAAAAAACGAAAAUAUAUUUAAAGCAGUAUAUAAAGAAAUGAAGUAAUGGAAAAAAAAAUAAA